UUAGAUAAAAAUUUUUCUCUACAAGUGUAUCGAUCUGAUUGUACACAGUUAUUGCGUUUAUAGUUGUUUUCACGUGAAAUUCAUAUUAUUACAUGUACAUCAGUUGAUAGAUGAUUUCUUGCUGCACCGAUAAUGGAGUUUGAUAAAUUCAACGAAGAGCCGUCAACGUCUCAAAGUUCUUCCGUGUCUUUCCCUAGUGGAGUUGGUGGACAUAAUGAACCAAGUUCAUCGGCAUUCUAUGAUGCUAAGCCAUUUACAUCUUCUGAUGAAACUUUUAAUGAUUUACUAGCUACCAUUCCAGACGAGUAUCUGACAGGCUGUGGUCCUGAAGAAGCUUUCAGAGCCGAUUACAAGGAAGCUAUAUUUCCACGUAAGAGGCCAGACAAUGUUCCAUUCACUGAGCCAACACCUUCAGUGUUUCACGAAGAAGAAAUUUUAGAUCCCGAUGAUAACUUCUAUUUUGAGUCUGAACAUCUAGCUCUAAGAUUAAAUCACGAUUACCAUAAUUUGCUCAAAACAAUUGUGAUUUUACAUGCUCAGCGUACUCAAGCUAUCAAAGAUUUAGAGCAAUUACUAUGUGCUAAACAACAGGCUCUGAAAGAUCCAAUAGCUUACGUAGCAAAAUUGCAGAAUGGCGAUCUACCAGAGUACCCAGGACCCCAGAAAAUACCAGAGAUACCGAAAAUUGAUUGGUCAAAAUACAACGUUGGUCAUGUAGAUAAUCACUUGCGACCCAAAACUCGUCAUGCUCAAACUGCACCGAAAGUUAAUGAGAUGAAACUGAAUGAAGAAAAAGAAAAGAUACUUGUUAGAGGUAGAGUUUAUAACGAGUCCAAACCAGAAACUUUCAAUCAGAAAUGGACCAAUGAAGAGCAGUUGCGUUUAGAGGCGUUAUUAAAAAAGUAUCCACCUGAAGAGAUUGCUAUGAAUAGGUAUACUAAGAUUGCCCAAGAAUUAGGAAAUCGCACAGCCAAGCAAGUGUCAAGUAGAGUUCAAAAAUAUUACAUCAAACUUAAAAAAGCCGGCAUCACAACAAACGAGUAUUAUAUCAAGUCAACCAGUAAAGUGAAAAGUACAAAAAGAUUCAUCAAAACUACAACAUUUUUUCCGCACAAUCACGAUUACUUUGAGAUCCAAAAUGAACCUGUUCAUGGAGAAUUUGAUGAGUCACAAUCUGCUGGUUAUAAUGCAGAUGUAAAACAAAUUCAAUUGCUAAAACAAACUAAAUUAGAGCAAGACAAACGUAGUUAUGAACCAGUUUACGUUCACCUUGGUCACAAGUGUUACAUUUGCAAUGAAGAGCCUAUAAAAAAUAUAAGGUGGCAUUGCGAGGAUUGCUACAAUCACAAUUCCAAGUAUGUGGAUCUUUGCACAAAUUGUGCGUACAGUCAGGUUAACAAUGAAAAACCUCAACAUCCAAUCAACCACAAACUCAUACGUAUAGAUCCACCAAAAUCUUCAGACAGUUGUCUUGACUCUGCCUAUCACCCACAGAACUUUAAUGAGCACAAAUUCAACUAUCUGGACACAAAUUACGGCCUUGAAUAGUACAUAAGAAAAAUAAGUAGGUACAAAAUAUUUCUCUUUGCUUCAUGUAAAUAACUUUUUGAAUAACAAGCACUUCUCUUAUAAAUCUCGGGAGAAUAAGACUCGGUAGGAUUUUGAUACUAAAUAUCUUUAUUUAAAGC